AUGGAUGAUAAUAUUGAUCCUAAAGAACUUUCAAAUAUUUAUAAGAAAAAUGGAACUUUCGAUAGACAAAGGAAACAGUUAUUAGAUAAUUUCAAAUCUUCAAUGACUCAUACAAAUUUACUUUUGAAGUUAAAGAUAAUGGUUGAAAAUAAGGUCAAACAAGAUCCUUCAAUUUUAACCAAGAAUAAGGGUAAAAUGGCAGCUUUAAUUCAAGGAGAGAUUUUAGGUAGUGGUAAAGAAGAUGAUUCAUUUUUAAGUAUUGUUGAUAAAGAUAUCCAAGAAAAAUUAAUCGAUUCUCCAGAAUUUCAUAAUCUUAUAAAGACUGAUUUAAAAGAUAUCAAAAGGAAGAAACUUGGUAUAAGUGAUGAAGAAUUUGCUAAACAAUUAGAAGAAGAGAAUAAAUUGGAAAAGAUUAAAUUAGCAGAAAAGGAAAGAAAUAAUAUCAAGAAACAUAAAAUAAAUAAACCUCCUAAAGUAAUGAUUCGAGAUAGAAAUAAUUAUCGUCGACCUACCAGUUCAAAUAACAGAACCAAUAAUUCAUCUAAGGAUUAUCAUUUAAUGUAUUAA